CCCGCCGCGCCCGCCUCGCCUGCGGGGCCCGCCGCGCCCGGCGAGCUGGGCUGGCUGUCCAUGGCCAGCCGCGAGGACCUGAUGAAGAUGGUGAGGCCGCCCUACUCGUACUCGGCGCUCAUCGCCAUGGCCAUCCAGAGCGCGCCCGAGCGCAAGCUCACGCUCAGCCACAUCUACCAGUUCGUGGCCGACAGCUUCCCCUUCUACCAGCGGAGCAAGGCCGGCUGGCAGAAUUCCAUCCGCCACAACCUGUCGCUCAACGACUGCUUCAAGAAGGUGCCCCGCGACGAGGACGACCCAGGGAAGGGGAAUUACUGGACCCUGGAUCCAAACUGUGAGAAAAUGUUUGACAAUGGGAACUUCCGGCGGAAGCGGAAGCGCCGCUCGGAAGCCAGUAGCACCUCCGCUGUGGCCCCAGGGACAACAAAAUCAGAAGAAGGGCUGUCGUCAGGAUUGGGGUCGGCAGUGGCCGCGAAGCCAGAAGGAGACAGCCCCUCCGCUUUGCUAAGGCCCACCCAGUCCCCAGAGCCCCCCGAGGGCACCAAGAGUACGGCCUCCUCUCCGGGGGGCUCCCUGCUCACCUCCACCCCUUGCCUCAACACCUUCUUCAGCAGCCUCAGCACCUUGAGUGUCAGUAGCAGUGGGGGCGCCCAGCGGGCUCUCCCUGGCAGCUGUCACCUAGGGAUCCAGGGUGCCCAGCUGACCCCCAGCAGCACGUUCCCCCCCAGCUCCAUCUCCGAAGCCCCACCGGACACCUUGCAGCUGAGCAACGGCGCCAGCAACAGCAGCAGCCAGAGAUCUUCCUACUACAGCCCUUUCCCUGCCAGCACCAGUGGGGGGCAAAGCAGCCCCUUUAGCAGCCCCUUCUACAACUUCAGCAUGGUCAACAGCCUUAUCUACCCCAGGGAGGGCUCAGAGGUAUAGGACCCCGCCAGCCUCAGCUUCUCAGACUUGAAUAUGCACUCCCUAAGAUCUUGUUAAAUGCAGAUUUCCUAGGUGGUUGGCGGUUGGUCUGGGGCGGGAAGGGAGAUCCGUUUUUCCCUGGAGUCCCAAGUGAUCCUGCGGCCGCCUGACCACAUCUGGAGUCACACUGGAGUAGCAGGGGACUCUUUCUACAGCCCAGCAAGCUUUUGCAGAUUUCUUCUGGAUAAGGGCCUCCCUGGAGAGAAAUCCAUCCCUGUUCUGGGACAGUACCUGUGAGCCCUGCGAGGGCAGGGACUGUGUCUGUGUUGUUCAUCACUGUGUGUGCCCGGGGCCAGCUCUAAAAACAAAAGAAUGCAAUUUCUUGGGUAGGAAAAAGGUAGCAGUUGGUAACUGCUGCAGUGGAAAGAGGUCAGAACUGACCAGCUGAAAGCUGCUGUGGGCCACUAGUUCUUUCCUGCCUGGCAGCCUCUCGGUUUUUCUGGAAAGGUCAGGUGCCUGAGUGUUUUGAGAAAACCUUCAUUUGCCUUCUUUGCCGCUAAUUAAAACACUGGGCUGGGAAAUGCCACACAUUCUCUGAGCUAAACCCAGCUCACAGAUCCCCUGUGCUGAGGCCCCAUGUCUGGGACGUGGUGGACACCAAUAGCCAUAAAACUGCCUGGCGAGCUUUGCAGAGUGCCGUUUCAGACAGACGCUCAGCAUGUAAUUCUCACAACAGCCUUGGGAGAUCAGUAUAUCCCUGUGCUCUUUCUGUGAGGCCAGUGGGGCUCCCAGGAUGUCACACAGGUCCUAAGCCGCGGAGCCGGGAUCAGGUCCAGGCAGUCUGGCUCCAGAACUUGGUGCUAGUUCUCAUCCCGAAAAACAAAAAGGUGCCAUUAUCGAUAAGCAGACAUGGCCCACAGGGCGUGGGAAUGAGCUCAAUCUCAUUUGACCAAAGAUUGAAAUAAAUGAUCAUUUUAGAUGUUCCCCUGAGCAACAAGGACAGACUGCCACCUCUGCCCUUUGCUGCCAUGUGCCUGGGGUGACCACUGUCCUCAUUAACUUGGUGUCCUAUCCCUUUUAGCAUGAGUCCUGAAUCUUUUCAUUUUUUAAAGAAAAUACUAGAAUUUUGUUUAAAAAGUAGUCUUUAAAUGGAACUUUUUUUAUCGUUUCUUAAUAAACCAUCUGUUAAAAUUUUUUAAUAUAAAUUAUUUUUAGCACUCCCUUUUACUUCUCAAGCGGUACCUGCAUUUGAAUGGUUUUUAUGGUCACCCCCCAGUGCCUGGUCCGUGGCAGAUUCUUAGCCACUUUUGAACUUAUCCAAAAAGUGCUAAUUAAAAUGUAGAUAAUUGUUGAUUUCAUUGGAACACUGUUGCAUUAAGGUGAGGAUAAUGUCCCGAGUUGCCUUUGUUCCUUCCGUAUUGCUGGGUCUCUGAUAGGAGCGUUGCUCGUUUGAGGGUUUACUUUUUUUAGAAAAAGGAGCAGAAAAAAAAAAGUUUUAACUUUCCCCUUUGUAUUCUUUCUUGAGACUCACAGCAUUACUCUUAAAUUUUUAUUUUGAAAUAUACAAUACAGAAAACUAUUUUAAAGUUUUAUUGAGGCAUAAAUAACAUCACCGUUACUUUUUAAAUAUUAUGGAGAAAGGCAACCAAAGAGACUACGUAACCCCCCAGAUUGUAUGUACGGAAAACUGUUUCUGUGGCUAUUUUUCUAUGUGAAAAAUCGUAGGGACUUUUAUAAAUAUUGUUUCUAACACAGUUCUAUAUUUGUAAGUUAAUUUAUAAUGUGAACUGGGACAAAAAAAGGUUUUUUUCCCAAGAAAGUACAUUGCAUGCUGAGAAUCACAUGAAAUAAACUCUUAAGUGGGAUGAUUUCUGGCCA